AUGGAGAAUCUACUGGCUCACUCUUUCGAUUAUCUCUCUUCCUACGAACCUAGCAAGAUCCGCAAGGGCUUGCGACAGGUGGAGGGUCUCUUGGCCCAAAUCUGUCUUUCUAAAACGAAAUCCACAUCGGAUCGGAGAAGGUCAUAUUUGGCUACAGAGACACCACCAGUACCCAAGGCAUUAUCCGAACUACGAGACGAUCCGGCGUUUCGAGAGUUUUUCAAACUUCAAGAUGGAUUUCAAUGGAAUGUUGCAAUGCGCCUAGUUUCCUGUCUGGAACAUCUACUCGGUCGCGGCAGCAAUGGCACUAACGACAUGCUCAUCGUUUGUACCCUUGACCUCAUCCAAGGCGCUCUACUCCUCCACCCACCUUCACGGACUCUCUUCAACCGCGAAAUAUACAUGAAUCUCCUUCUCGACCUCCUCGACCCAAUCAAUUGUCCUGCAAUUCAAUCCGCCACUCUCCUCACCCUCGUCGCAGCCCUACUGGACUGCCCCGCCAACACACGUACCUUCGAGGACCUAGAUGGUCUUCUCACCGUUACAUCUCUAUUCAAGCAGCGCGCCACAUCCCGUGAAGUCAAGCUGAAAUUGGUAGAGUUCUUGUACUUUUAUCUCAUGCCCGAGACACCUAUCCUGGGACCUAGCGCCCGCGGCUCCGCUAGCCCAAGCCCACCGCCCGGUUUGCAGCGCAGUCCAAGCAAGCUUCCAUCGCGACCCAUGUCGCAAAGCUCACAUACUUCGGGUGCGGGCAAGACGAUUCGUGAUACAAGGACUACCGACGAAAAGCAGGCACUUUUGGGUCGCUAUCUCAAUAACGUGGAGGAUUUGGUGGAGGAUUUGAAAGAAACGGCUCCGUUCGGAGCCACAGUGUACUGA